UGAUAGAUAGAUGCAGUUGCACGCAGACGUGUUGCACUGAAAUCAAUAAAGCUGUUAUCCCAAGUUUAUUGAUUAAAUCCCGCCCGGGUCCUAGCGAUGGCAGUUGCCCUCGAGCUUUCCUGUGCAACGAACACGUAAUCGAAGUUGUUGUUUAUUUCCCCGCCCUACUGUAUUUACAAACGCCUCAAUGUCAAAAAAAACACUAACCAAAAUAAUAUCUUCGGUGGAAAGAAUAAUUUCGCCGAAAUUAUCAAAGCUUACUCAAGAUUGCUGCAUGUUUUGCUCAGAUCUUAUGAACAUGGCUGAUGUGACUAUGGCCCUGUCUGACAUGGGAUAUGCUUUUAAUGCCGACGGGCAAUUGAGGAAGCUUGGAAAGUACAAGAUGCUAAGCGCAGAGCCAUUCCAGUACGACAUAAGUACUGACGCAGAAGAGUGUCAGGCCAAUUACGAGAAGCUGGGAGCUGUUGUUACUAAUUACGUAUACCAACUCCUUGAGUCACAGGAGAAAAUGAUCCGUCUGCCAGUACCAAAAGAUUCAACUCGCGAAAAUGGGUCCUUUAUUUAUGUUUCAAGGGAUUAUGACUUGAAAGAUGUAUUGCUGGUUUUAAUUCAAGGUUCAGGGGCAGUAAGAGCUGGGCAAUGGUCACGGGCUUUGAUCAUCAAUGAAAGUUUGGAUGUAGGAACACAGAUUCCAUAUGUAAAGAAAGCUAUUGGUAAAGGCUAUGGAGUAAUGAUUUUGAACCCUAAUGACAAUUGUCGCGGCGACCAAAAGAUCCCUCACAGCGCUACAGGAGAAGAGCAUGCAAAAUAUGUAUGGGACAAUUAUAUAAAAGAUACCAAAGCUUCAAAGAUAUUGAUUGUGGCACAUAGCUAUGGAGGAGUAAUUACGGUGACCUUGGCUGAUCAGUUAAAGGAGGAAUUUGAGCAACGAGUUAAAGGUAUUGCCAUGACAGAUUCCGUACAUAGCUACAGCGAGUUUAAAGUUACCGAUUAUCUCAAAAAGGUUUCUAAGAAUUGGAUAUCUUCCUCCGCACCACUUGACACACCAAUGAAAACACCGGAGUUUGACAUAACCCGAGUCUCUGCAGGACACCCUCGUCAUGAGAUGACCUCAGCCAAGUGCAUAGAUUCCGUGUUUACCUUCUUGGAGAAGAAAUUGACAUCCAACUAAUUUGAAAUGUUCCAUGCCACUA